AUUGGACAGAAGCGUCUAGCAGUGGCUUUGGCAGCUGUAGUAGAAUUACUGAAUAUCCAUGGCCUUGUUACUCAUCUUGUGGCUGAAUGCUGCUUUAGGUGCAGUCUUGGCUGGAUCCCACCUGAUUCCUGAGCCAUGCCUGCAGGGUCCAGAGUUCUGGUGCAAGGACAUGGCUACAGCUGUUGAAUGUAGGAGGGAGCAAUACUGUUGGAGUCUCCACAGCAGUUCCUUGUUGUGGGGGACACUCUUCGAGGAGGAGGAGGAGGCUCCUGCCCCAGGGAAGAAAUGUUCUAUGUGCAUUAAGAUUAUGCAGAAGCUCCAGGAUCUGGCUGGACAAGAUCCAGAUGAUGAAGCAAUUAAUACUGCAAUCGGACGGGCGUGUAAGGUUCUGCCCAAGCCUCUGAGUUGGGUUUGCAAAACUAUGCUGAAAAAGUUCAAAGAUAAGAUUAUUGAGGCAAUGGAGAAUGGUGAGAAUCCUAAGGAAAUCUGUGUUGACCUCAAAAUAUGCCGAAGUGACUCAGAGAUGCUCCCAGGUUCUGCUUCUUACACUGCCGCAUAGUGAUCCUGGAGACCAGCACGGAGGAUUUUAGAUGCUCAUGAACAAUUUUUCUGUAAGACUUUGACCAGGUGUUUGCCUGUGAUGCAUAUUUGCCUUUUGGUGUUGCACUGAAUA